AUGUGUGUCCCCGAUGCAUUUGAAUCGCCGCCUCCACAAUGCGACGGCUGCGACGUAACCUUUCCAGAAGCUCAUAUUAUGCUUGCAACAAUCAACCGCCCACGUCAGCUUAAUUCAAUUCCAUACGCACUUCAUUGGCUGAUGGACGCCCUUUUCAAGUGGUUCGACAACGAGCCGUCGCUCCGUGUUGCCAUUGUUACGGGUGUUGGAAACCGUGCCUUUUGUGUCGGCUCGGAUCUGAUCGAGAUGCAGCGGGUCAAAAAGUCUGGCGACGAAUCGUGGAAGGCUGAGCCAUACAAAUACACACAUCCAGCUUCUGGGUUUGCAGGGCUCAGCAGAAGGGAAGGGAAGAAGCCAGUUGUGGCCGCGGUCAACGGUUAUGCAUUAGGUGGAGGGUGGGAAAUUGCCUUGAACUGUGAUGUGGUUAUUGCCGUUCGAAGUGCGCAGUUUGGUCUUCCUGAAGCCAAGGUCGGACUGUACGCGUACGGUGGCGGUCUUCCUCGUCUGAUGCGGACCGCGGGACUUCACGUCGCCAGCGAGAUCGCCCUCAGUGGACGGUCCAUUACCGCAGAAGAAGCACUGCGGCAUAAUCUUGUCAACCGGAUUGCGAAGAAACCAGAGACGCUGAUCGAAGAGGCGAUCAGUAUCGCCCGAGAAAUCGCUGCAAUAUCGCCCGACGCGAUGAUCAUCACCAGGGCAGCUCUGAGAGAAGCAUGGGAGACGCCCAGCGUUGAAAGGGCUUUCCAAAACACCCACGAGAGGUUCUACGAGAAAAUGAUGGCAGGGGAAAACUCGAGCGAGGGACUGGCCGCGUUCAAGGAAAAGCGGCCGCCGAGGUGGAAAGCUUCCAAACUGUAA